UCCUUGGCUACUAGGAAGCUCGACUCACUGGAGGGAGGAGCGGGAAAGGGAGAACAGGGAAGAAGCGGAGGAAGGCGAGUAGCCAAGAGCCAGCUCAAGGCGGUCGCCCAGGUAAACAGUGUGGCCUCCGGGGUUGUCUGGAGCCCGCGAUCGCAGCUCCGCCCCCACGCCAUGCGGCUGCCAAGGCAGAGCCCCUACGAGAUCCUCCUCCUGGUCUUGGUCGCCUUGCUGGUGCUGCUGCUGCUCCUGACCAGCAAGUCACCGCCCAGCUGCUCUGCCCCUGAGAGGUCCAAGGAGCCUGAAGACAACCCCGGGUGGGCCACGGGCCACCCACGCACACACCCCGCCCGGUGCCGAGCUAAUCUAUCCGUGUCCUCGCACCCCGACUUCGCGGGGCUGCCCUUACACGUGCGCGACUUCUUGUUCUACCGCCACUGCCGCGACUUCCCAGUGCUCCGAGAGCCGCGGGUUACCAAGUGCGCGGAGCCCGUGUUCCUGCUGCUCGCCAUCAAGUCCUCGCCUGCAAACUAUGGGCGCCGCCAGAUGCUGCGCACGACGUGGGCGCGCGAGAGACGGGUGCGUGGGGCGCCACUGCGCCGCCUCUUCCUUGUGGGCUCAGACCGCGACCCACAACAAGCACGCAAAUACAACCGACUGCUGGAGCUGGAAGCGCAGAAAUACGGCGACAUUCUCCAGUGGGAUUUCCAUGACUCCUUCUUUAACCUGACGCUUAAGCAGGUCCUUUUCCUGGAGUGGCAGCUAACCUACUGUACCAACGCCAGCUUCGUGCUCAAUGGGGACGACGAUGUGUUCGCACACACGGACAACAUGGUCACCUACCUGCAGGACCACGACCCGGACCAACACCUCUUCGUGGGGCACCUGAUCCAGAACGUGGGUCCCAUCCGGGUGCCCUGGAGCAAGUACUUCAUCCCCGCUCUGGUGAUGGCGGAGGACAGAUACCCGCCCUACUGUGGUGGCGGCGGCUUCCUGCUGUCGCGUUUUACCGUGGCCGCCCUACGUCGCGCCGCGCGCGUCCUCCCCAUGUUCCCAAUCGACGACGUGUUCCUGGGCAUGUGUCUGCAGCAGCAGGGUCUGGCUCCCGGGACGCACAGCGGAGUGCGCACUGCGGGGGUUUUCCCCCCUAGCCCACGUGUGUCAUCCUUCGACCCCUGCUUCUACCGCGACCUGCUCCUCGUGCACCGCUUCCUGCCCUUCGAGAUGCUGCUGAUGUGGGAUGCGCUGAACCAGCCCCAGCUCCUCUGCGGCAGGCAGAGCCCCGCCUACUGAGAGGUUUGGGGGAGUUGACAUCCCCUAGCUCAUGUCCUGCCUCAUCCACGUGCAAAGGGCUGGCUUCAAGGAGAAGUUCAAAGUGAGGGGCAGAAAGGUGGGUCUGAGGAGUUCAUAGGGCAAACUCCUAAGUACGCUUGGAAACCCUCUUGGUACUGUUCACAGCAGGAACUCUGAGUCUAGCCAACUCUGAGUGGCUCUAAGUGGCCGCUAAGCAAAAACUGCUGUGGACAGAGCCCAUGGGUUUUAGGCUCUGGGCCUUGGCCUCUCUCAGGCCCCCAAGGAAUUGGGCAGAGGAACAAGGUGGAUUUUAAACUGAGGUGCUCAGAGAUCUUGACUUGACCCCCACUAGUGUCUCCCAAGAACUUGGAGAACCACAGGGGCAGGAGGGGUCCUGUGUCCCACAGACCGGGCUGGCAGGAAAUAAAGUCCAUAGAAGGUUGAACGUGAUUGUAGGGGGAAGGUUAAGAUAAAACUCAGGGCUCUGCCACGUUUUAAUUUUAUCUAUUUAGGAAGGGAGCCAGGUCCUGUCUUCCUCUCUGUUUGGGUCCUGGGACUUGAACUCAAAUCUUCAGGCUUGGCAGCAAGUGCCUCCAUUAACUGAGUCAUCUCGCCAGUGCCUUUUUAGUUUUCAGCACUACUCAUGUUUUAACACCGGCUGCUCUACCCCACCUCUCUUUGACCUUCAAUAUUAACUCAUUGCAACAUGUUCACAUCUACAGCAUGGCUGUAUGUGGCUCCUGCCUCCCCUUGCUCCCUUCCCUGUAGCUACUUUGUGGGUUCUUUUUCUUCCAAAAUUGCAACCCCUCCCCAACACCAGACAGGAGAGAAAAAAGUAUAGAGGAAAGAAAAGAGAUUACCCAAUAAAGUCUCAGCGCUUGGAAAGGUGGUAAUGUUACUUUUAGACCUGCUGUUACUGUUAAUCCUGCUGAUUCCUUGGGGCAAGUUUUGAUCUUCCCUGUCAAAAUAUCUAGUUUUUUCUUGUCCUUGUUUCUUCUUCGAGGAUGACUACUUAGCAAACCUCCACUAACAAGAACAACCCACCCUCUGGGUCCCUAGCAUUUAUAAACCCUCUAAUGAGUCCCCAGAAUUCCAAACAUCACACAAUUGCAGAAGCUGCAAAAUCGCAUCUGCUAUAGCACAAAGCAAUGCAUAGUCAGGUGCUGGGGACUGGCAGAAGCAUUCCCACACCCCAUACCUGGGAUCAAAAUGAGAACACUUUCCUAUAAGA